UUUUCUGAGUGCUUUGUGCCACCAGCACUCACACACACUCUCCACCAGCUCCUCUCUCUCUCUCUCUCUCUCUCUCUCUCUCUUCAAUGGCGGAACAACAACAGCAGCCACUUCAUGCCACCACCGCCAGAAGAACUGGGUGGGCCCUCCGUCUCCCAUUUCUCAGCACCACAACCUUCUCUCUCCCUCUCUCUCGCUACACAACCCAACUGCUCUCCGCCGCCGACCGCCACCGGAUUCUCCUCGGAGACUGCGUAGGAACCCAAUCGGUUGCCGAUGUUGUCGAUGAUGACGAUGAUGAAGACGGUCGGUCCUUUUACGGCGAGGCCUGUGCUUACUCGAAGCCCGUUAUGGUCCUCGACGUGGUUUGGAACCUGGCUUUUGUUAUGGUCUCGGUGGUUGUGCUUUUGUCGAGUUUCAGAGAGCGACCUUCUAGCCCUUUGAGGAUAUGGGUUGCUGGGUAUGCUCUGCAGUGCCUUUUGCAUGUGGGUUGUGUCUACUUUGAUUAUCAGAAGCAAUGGCGUGCUGAUCUGGAGGGUCUUGAUGGGUUUUCUUCGUCUUAUAAACGCACCAGCAAUGCAAAAAGGCUGGAGACAAUGAAUACAUUGAUGUCAUCUCUCUGGUGGAUUAUUGGAUUCUACUGGAUUGUAGUGGGUGGCCAAGCACUUUUACAAGAUUCUCCCCGUCUCUACUGGUUGACUAUGGUCUUUCUAGCAUUUGAUGUGUUCUUUAUCAUCUUUUGCAUUGGGAUGGCGUGUGUCAUUUUCUUUGGUCUCUGCUGCUUCCUUCCAAUUCUAGCUUUUGCAUAUGCUAUGGCCAUUAGGGAAGGUGCAUCAGAAGAUGAGAUCCAAACUCUUCCCAAAUAUAGAUUUCACCUGCAUAAUCCAUUUGGAACAUGUGAUAAUGGUAAGAAGCUAGAAAUUGUUGUGGAGAGGUUAGAUUCGGACAACAGUAGCAACGUCAAGGAACUUGUUCUUUCUUCAGAGGAUUCGGAGUGCUGCAUUUGUCUUUCCAAUUAUGAUGAUGGGGCAGAACUCUAUGCCCUUCCAUGCAACCAUCAUUUCCAUUGUGGGUGCAUAAGCAAGUGGCUCCAAAUAAAUGCAACCUGUCCUCUCUGCAAAUUCAAUAUCAUGAGGGCUGAUACCUUGGUUUGAUGAUCGCUUCUCGUCGAGUUGAGAAUUAGUUGAACUCCAAGCGAAAUUUCUCUGGAGUUUACUGACUUGCUGACAACUGAUGGUAAAAAGGAAAAUUAGUGUUAAAAAAAAUAGAAAAAAGUUUGAGAUAAAAAUGUUUCCUUGCAUGGUUUCCCAUCUUUGGAAUAUUUUACUCUUUCCAAAUCCUCUGUAUAUAGAAUAUGAAUCUCUUUAGAACUUAAUGUAUGGUGGUGGGUGUACAAUUUGUAGAUGUAAAUUGAAAAGGCAGAAGUGGGAAUCAAUGAAGAAUGGGGGAUAAUAUAUAAUUGAUUUCUCUUGAAAAUUAUAAUUGCAGUAAAUGCAUAUUGAUUUUAAAAUUUAUCCAUUAGAAA